AUGAAUUUCUCAUUACUCUUUUCUGCAGAACGGACUGCGCGAGAGAGUACUCUGCAGCAGCAUACAGAAAAACUGCGAGAUCACGAGGAAGAAAACAGCCCAGCAGCCUGGGGAACUCGGGAUGGUGCUCGAAGGAGUAUUCGGCUGCAGUGUAAAAAACGUCUAGAUUAUGAUGAAGAAACCUACACUGCAGCCGUGGGAACUCCAGACAGUCUUGUGAAGGAAAGCAACACGGCAGCCGUUGGAUCUCAAGACAGUGCCCAAAAAAGUACUCAUCAGCAGUGUAAGGAAACGCAAGAUCACAAGGAAGAAGGCAGCAUAGUAGCCAUGGGAGCUGAAGACAGUGCCUGGAAGAGUACUCAGCUGCAACUUGAAGAAAAGCUGCAAGAGCGUGCAGCGGAAAACAGCAGAGUAGCUAUGAGAACUCAGGACAGUGCCCCAAGUGAACAGCUGCACAAUCUCAUUGCCAAAUCUCGAAUAACUAGGAGACUAGUCAUUUCCUUCUGCAGCAAGCAUCGUCAAAAAGUGUCCAUUGGCAUUGGAACAACACCUUACUGUCUGGUCAGCAGUAGCACGCAAGCCACAUGGGUGCGGAAAGAUCAAAGCACCAGCUGCCUUUAUACAAAGCGUUCCAUCGGCACGCAGGCGUUUUCUGAAUAUUACCAAAGGUCGCCAAAUGAGGAUCCUCCCGUCACUGAGAAGAAUGUAAAUGCCACACCAAUGAGCUGCCUGUCCUCAUAUUCUACCUGUUCACGAGAUAACAAGCUCGUCAUGCCUGGCAUUAGCCCACCAAUGAUGGUGAAUGGACGUAAAACGCUGCCAAAAGGGGGUCCCACUGGCACCAAGAAAAAUGUUGCUGCUCGACAAAGGGGAGCUUCAUGCUUCAAUACGAGGACUGCAACUGCAAGCGUUUGCGUCAUGCCUGGCAUUAGCCCACAAAAGGCGGUGAGAGAAGGGCUGCAAAAAGAGGGUCUUGCGAUCACUGAGAACAGUAUUGCUGUAAAAGCGAGUGCAGAUCCAUUCUAUAACAAGACUUCACCAGUUAGCAUUUGCAUCAUGCCAAGCGUUGGCACUCAUACGAAGGUCCAAGAAUGCAAAUCGCUGCCAAGAAAGGGUCUUUCCAUUUACAAGAAAAAUACUGCCGUUGUACCGAGCAGGUCAUUGGGCUGUAGUACCAGUAGUUUCCCAGCAAGCAUUCCCGUCAUGCCUGCCAUAAGCACUCAAACAAGGGUGACGGACCGCAAGUUACUGCCAGAAGGAGGUUCCAUUGUCACCCAGCAAAAUGUUGCAGUUGCAUCUCCGUCUUUCAAUGCCAGUGCUUCAGCAUCAGGCAUUUACAUCAUGUCUGGCAUUGGCGCUCAACCGAGGGUGCCAGAAUACCUAUUGAUGCCCGUCAUGAAUCCUUCUAUGACAGUGGAAAAUGUUAGACUGCCAAAGAGCCAUCUACCCUUCAGUUCAAGCAUUUCACCAGCGAAAACUUGCAUCAUUCCUAGCGCAAGCACACUAGGAGAGGUGUCAGAGCAUAAGCUAACGACGACUGAAGGCCCUUCUAUCACCAAUGUGUAUUUUGCUGGUAGACAGGGUAGCUGUAUGUCCUUCAAUACCAGCACUGCUGCAAAAAACAUUUGCUUCAUGCCUAGCAUUGGCACGCAAGCACAGCUGGCAGAAUGCAAAGAGGUGCCCAUGAUGGGUCCUUGCACCAUCAUGAAUUAUGCCACAGCUCCAGCCCACGCUUGCAUUUCAAGAGAUCACGGCAGUGGCACACACAAAGAUAAUGAAACAUCACGGUCAUCUAUUGGAGGCGGCCUUAUCAGCUGACGCUAAUCACCAAAAAAGAUGCACGACAGUUGAAGGGGCUGGCUGGCAAUUCUGCCACUGGCAUCCUAUUCUGCCUCGCGCAUUGGUCACAUAUACACAACCACAGAUGUCUUGUUCAACUGAAUCAUGGACAUAAGAGGUGUCCUGGUCGGCUGGCAGAGCAGCGCUUGCAGCAAAUACAGUGGUUAUUGUCUAGCUGCCCUACAGAUGCGGUGAAAGGUCAGUCUAGGGCAUAUGAAAGACAGGCAGCCUUCCUCAGCGGCACCAGAGGACAGCUCAGCAUGUUGAACUGCUUGUGGUGUGACUUGUGACUUAACAGUGCUUAUAGCACUUACAGUGAUGACAGCCCGCCUGCUUCGAAGACACAGAAAUUCUAGGAUAGUGCAUACGAAGGACAGGAGGCCAUCCUCAGUGCCACCGCGAGACAAUUUGGCACGUCGAACUUAUUGUGGCAUGACUUGUUGUGACUUGAAGCAGUUUGUCAACACAGAGGGAUUACAAUAGGCUUUUUGUUCAUCCCUCCUUCCCAAAACUUACAUUGUGUCUGUACGGCACUUGUUUUUAAUUAUCCGGUGUCACACCGUUGUCUUCAGUGCCAUGCUAUCCUACAGUGCCUAUCACCAGGUUUGAGCAUAGAAUAGACAAGCACUGUGCAUAAACACACAUGACAAUGAUAAUGUUUCAAAAAAACUGCAAAACUGCUGUGCAACGCCCUGAUGGCUAAACUUCCAGCAGAAUUCAACAUGUUCUCCUUAAAGGGUCCCUGAAACGGUUCUUUCACAUUCUGUUUUUGAUUAGACCACUACUGGAGCAAAUCAUUGGCACCAGAGUUCAAUCGAAAUGCCCAUUAUUAACGGAGCUACGAGUACUGAAAGUACCCUCCUUUCUCGCUCCGCCUUUCACAUUCAACUGCCCUCAACUCUUCCUUCGAGCACUCGAGGCUAAGCUCCGCCUUAGCGCGCCUGUGUCACGAUGUGGUGUGAGACCGCAUACGCCUAAAUCCCGCCACCGAUCUGAUACCGGCAGCCUGUGCUGCGCGUUCCACAGCCAAUCAGUUCAGCUGAAAACUAUUAUAUCAGUGGGGCAGAGCGUGUCCCUGUAUGGUUGGUUCAAAACGCGUUUGGUCGAGUCGCAGCGAUCUGGAGCGAUGUGCAGCUUUAAAGUGUUCUAAUAAAUUACACACGUUACGCAGGAAGCUCAAAUCAGCUCUAAAUUAUCCUUGGGACUUGGUCUACGGGCCCAAUGUGUUUGUAAAAAGAUCAUCAAAACCGUUUUAGGGUCCCCUUAAAGAAGUCGUAUCAGGAGCAAGACACAAAUGUUCCUGCGUAACUAGUGCUGUUUGUAAUAUUAGCCACAAAAAACUUACCUAAUUUAAUUUUUGUCAAAAAGAGAUGAUCUGACCAGAAGUCAAUUGCCCUUUCGAUGAGGCAUUUCUUAGUCAUAUAUUAGCUAGACCAACUUGCAAAGUAAUGACCCAGAUCAGUUAAGCGAGUUAUAGUCAUGAGAAAAAUGUGCGGCAUAAAAUGGAAGUAGUUCAGAAAAAAAUGUGUACAUUCACAUUGCUGGGGAAGGGAAGUGCACCACAAGCAGAAGUCGAAUACAUGACGGAAGUGGAAUUUUUACAACAUGCAGUCGAUCUUGCAUAUAUCGAACUUGCACAAAACUGGGAAUUAGUUCAAUAUUUCGAUAUCCAAAGUGUCAGUGUGCAGGUUCGCUUCAUCACACUGCCUCAUCAUAAUCUGAGAAAGAUGAUUUCGCGACAAUAAUACACGGCAUCCAGCAUGUACUGUGCCUUGUCAAUGCAUGUUGAAGAACACGAGGUGGUGAAAACUUUUGGAGCCCUCCACUAUGGCGUGCAUCAUGUUAUCACAGCUCUGUCUUGUGAAACCCCAGAUAAUGUUAAUAAAAUGCAGUAAUAUUGAA